AUGACCGUUGGAAUUGAACCGUUGCCCCAUCUUCAUAAGGAGCGCUCUCUUGCUUUCUUCAUCAUAAUCUCAAUUUUCACAGCCUCUUCACGAAGAGAAAGAACAAAAAGUGUAAGAAUCAGUAGGAGAGUGAUAAUGGCGACGAGAGCAAACAUGCCUGAGCAAGUCAGAGGUGUUGCCGUCGCUGAUGGUGUAAAGAUUCAGAACAAAAAUGGUGCUGUGAAGAGUCGUCGUGCGCUUGGCGACAUCGGGAAUUUAGUUUCUGUUCCCGUAGUUCAAGGAGGAAAGGCUCAACCUCCGAUCAACCGACCCAUAACCCGAAGUUUCCGUGCUCAGCUAUUAGCGAAUGCGCAAGUUGAGAAAAAGCCGAUCAUCAAUGGUGACAACAAAGCUCCCGUUCCUGACCCAAAGAAACGACAGCCUCUUGCUCCAAGAAACAAGGAAGCUCAAAAGGCGAUUCCCAAGAAGAACCUAGUGAUUAAGCAACAGACCAAAUCAGGUGAAGUGACUGAGCCAAAGGAGGAGGAGAAGCAGCGAAAGGACAUUGCAGCAGCUUCACCUAAGAAAAAGAGCGUGACAUACUCGUCGGUUCUGAGUGCUCGGAGCAAAGCUGCGUGUGGUAUAACCAACAAGCCAAAGAUUCUCGAUAUCGAUGAGUCUGACAAAGAUAACCAUUUGGCUGCCGUGGAGUAUGUUGAUGACAUGUACGCUUUCUACAAAGAGGUUGAGAAGGAGAGCCAGCCUCAAAUGUACAUGCAUAUUCAGACCGAUAUGAAUGAGAAGAUGAGAGCCAUCUUGAUAGAUUGGUUGCUGGAAGUUCACAUCAAGUUUGAGCUUAACCCUGAAACUCUCUACCUCACUGUCAACAUCAUUGAUCGAUUCCUCUCUGUGAAAGCUGUUCCGAAAAGAGAAUUGCAACUAGUGGGAAUUAGCGCCUUGCUCAUUGCUUCCAAAUAUGAAGAAAUCUGGCCACCUCAGGUAAAUGAUUUGGUCUAUGUGACAGACAAUGCUUACAACAACAAGCAGAUUUUAGUGAUGGAGAAAACCAUCCUUGGAAACCUGGAAUGGUAUUUGACAGUCCCAACUCAAUAUGUCUUCCUUGUCCGCUUCAUCAAAGCUUCAUUCUCUGACCCAGAAAUGGAGAAUAUGGUUCACUUUCUUGCUGAAUUGGGGAUGAUGCACUAUGACACCUUGAUGUUCUGUCCUUCCAUGCUUGCUGCUUCGGCUGUUUACACAGCGAGAUGCUCACUGAACAAGACCCCUGCUUGGACUGAUACCUUGAAGUUCCACACUGGCUACUCCGAAUCUGAGAUUAUGGAUUGUUCAAAGCUUCUAGCUUUUCAUCACUCCAAAUGCGGAGAGAGCAGGUUACGUGCUGUGUACAAGAAGUACUCUAAGGUCGAGAAGGGAGGUGUUGCUUUGGUGUCACCAGCCAAGUCUCUCUUGAGUCCUGCUGAUUUGAAGAAGCCUCUCUCUGCUUAGUGACUUUUUGAUGGGAGAAAGCCUGAGAAAUUGUGUUUUUCCAUCAGAUAUCUCUCUGAUUCAAUUCCAGAUUCGACUUGUUAAAAAAAACUCUUUCUUUUGAGUUCAAAAGUAUUGAAAACUUUUCUGUAUUGGUUUUCAACUUUUCUAUGAUCAUAAAAUCUUUCUCAUAUUUUGAUUGUCUGUGUUGCAUUGCUACCUUCCAACGAAUGUGUGUUUUGCUUGCGACUAAUUUUUAUUGAAAUCUAUUGCCGUAAUUUUAUACUUACAUGUUAUUUGUUAUUUAUCGGUCACGAUAAUAUUUAAGAUGUACUAUAUUAUUUAGGCUUUAACAAA